ACAUCUUUGCAUUCCCAUUUGUUGGCGCCAAUUUCAACAAAUUAAACCGACUCUUAACUAACUAAUGAACUACAUAUACUCUUACGCUGCUCACAUAACAGUCACAGACAGAUCCCAGUUCACAGAAAAGAGAAAAAAAAAGGAUUCAAGAAACUGUUCUCUAUAGCUAAGCUUUGUGUAGAGAAGAGAUAAUUGAUUAAAGAUGUUCAACAAAUUGCUAAGUUGGAAGAAGAAAAUGGAUGAAUUCAUGUUGAACCUUCUUAGUCGAAACCAAGUUGCGUACAUGCAUGAUUCUGAAGGUCAACCACGUGGAUGGGUGACAAGAGGAAUAAGACUAAUCAACUGGAUUCUUCUUGUCUUAACUUUCGGCUUUGUCGCCCUUCUUACUUUCUGGUUCUUCACUUCUGUACUGAAAUUGAUGGGAAGUGCACGUGGAAGUGGAAGAAUAACCGCUUUCAACAACAAUCCAUGGACUGACAAUGAUACUCUUUAUACACUAUCAAUCUUAACAUCAUCACCAGAGACAACUGAUCAAAAUGUCAAAACUCCAGUGAAGCAAAUUGAGUAUGUGAAAGAAACUGAUGAACUUCACAUUGUCUCUUUAGCAUCAACAGAAAUAACAGCUGGAUAUAGAACUCGUCCAAAAUUACAUUGUGCCUUACCAUAUGACGAUGAGACCACAUGUCACCCAUUACAACAGCUAACAAAUAAUCUUGAUGCAUUGUCGCCGAUUGUGGAAAGUCCUGACAGAAAUCCAACUUGGUCUGAAGUUGAAACUAAUGGAGCUAGCUGCUUGGCGGUCGACCUGGCUGAGGAAAUGAAUACUGAAAUUGAGCAAAAUUGAUUGAAGGUGCUAUAGUAGUAUUCUGUUUUCACUGUUAUGCUAGAAGUUGAUAGGUUCUACUAGUAGGCUUCUCUAUAAUAAACUUUUACUAGUACUGUCAAACUGUGGAUAUGCAAUCGAAUAUGUGACUCUUUGUACUAGAACUGUUUAUAUAAGUGAAUGAAAAAGAGUCUUGCUAUUGGUUUAAUUGAAAUGAGUAUUCAUGGUCAUUUUAGUAUUGCUCUGUAGCUAUCUAUCUAAGUGCCAACGAUGUUAAAAGGAGUAGUGUAGUAAUAAAGGUUGUCAAGAUCACA